GUUGGCGAAUAUGUUACUCUUCUAUAUAUAAGUCAGCUAUGGCCUAUUUGAGAAUGAAACACAUAGUUCAUUGAAGAUGAAGGUAUUCACUACUACAAGCUCUAUUUUCUUCCAUGUUUUUCUUAUUAUAGCUUUUGCAUCUAAAGCUCAAACCCUUGGAACCAAAAGAGAUUAUAGAAGCAAAAAGUUUAGAGCCUUGUUCAUAUUUGGUGACUCAUACUUAGAUGCUGGCAAUAACAAUUACAUAAACACAACAACCUAUGACCAAGCAAAUUUCUUGCCUUAUGGAGAAACCUACUUCAACUUCCCAACUGGUAGAUUCUCUGAUGGCCGUUUGAUAUCAGAUUUUAUUGCUGAAUACGCAAAUAUUCCACUGGUUCCACCAUUUCUACAACCUGGCUUUAAUCAAUACUACAAUGGAGUGAACUUUGCAUCUGGUGGAGCAGGUGCACUUGUUGAAACUUACCAAGGAUCGGUAUGGGUUUUUCUAAUACCAUUAAAAACACAAGCAAGAAACUUCAAGAAAGUAGCAACUCGACUGAGGCACAAGUUAGGAACUUAUGAUUCCAAAACAUUAUUAUCAAAUGGUGUCUACAUGUUUAGUAUUGGAUCUAAUGAUUAUCUUAGCCCAUUCUUGACAAAUUCAGAUGUUUUAAAGUAUCAUUCUCAUUCAGAAUAUGUUGGCAUGGUAGUAGGUAACUUCACUUCCACUAUCAAGGAAAUAUAUAAAAGAGGGGCUAGAAAAUUUGCAAUCUUGAACUUGCCACCACUAGGUUGUCUUCCAAUAGCUAGAAUAAUUCAAUCAAAAGGGACAAAUAGCUGCUUAGAGGAGCUUUCAUCACUUGCAAGUAUACAUAAUCAAGCUAUUUAUGCAAUUCUCUUAAAAUUGGAGAUGCGAUUAAAGGGGUUCAAAUUUUCUCUCUAUGAUUUAAACUUUGAUGUCACUCAAAUGAUCAACCAUCCCUUAAAAUAUGCUUUGAAGGAAGGAAAAUCAACAUGUUGCGGGAGUGGACAAUUUAGAGGAAAAUAUAGUUGUGGUGGAAAAAGAGGGGAGAAACACUUUGAAUUGUGUGAAAAACCAAAUGAAUAUUUAUUUUGGGAUUCUUUUCAUCUUACAGAAAAUGCUUACAGACAAUUGGCAGCUAGAAUGUGGGAUCAUACUAAAAAUUCUCGCAAUAUUGGACCUUACACAUUCAGUGAUUUGUUCUAAGACAUGAGACUUUCUUCAUGAUUUAUAAUCCUUCAUUUUUUUAAAGAAUUUAUCCCAUUAAAAUAAGUCAUAUGUAUUAUGUUUUGUAAUUAUUUUGUUUUGAAAACAAUAAUAAUAUUGAUAUACACUUCUGUUGGAUCGAUUAAUUUAAAAUGAUUCUUGAUUGAUCACUCUGUCUUGAUGAAUAUUUAAUUUAAGAAGUUAUAAGAAGAACAUAAAAUAUAAUGAAAAAAAUAUAGAAAAGAAUAAUUAGAAUAUAAUUUAUGGUGAAUUACACUCAUGAAAUGUUGAUUAAUGUUGGAUCAAUAUAAAAAUUUAUACUAUCUUCUUGAUCAAGGUUCAGCUCACACAAUGGACAUACCGUAACUGUACUAGUAGUUAAUUAACCAGACAAAACUACUAAAUCACAUGUAACUGUCAUAACAAAAGAAAUCUAAAAGCUAGCCAAUUUAACAACUUUAUGUGUAACACACCACCUUAAUUUAUGUUAAUCA